CAGUCAACUCCAGAAAAUCAGGGAAAACGAGGAGAGAAUGCACAACGGAUUCGAACACUGGAAGCAGAAAAGCUCCACAAAACCACAACCGCUUGGAAUAGGAGGGUAAGGCAGGCCAGUCAACCCCAAACGCUCCGCAGCCCGGUGACACAGAUCAUAGAACUGUGGCACAUGAUCGUAUGGAGCCGACACCGACAGGAGACAGAACAGAAGGCCAACCAGGAGAAACCCCUUCGAGCCAGCUAUGGAAAGGACAUCGACUGUCACAGGAGAGCCAUCCUCCGACACCCCCCCAUCCAAUCCCAGAGAACCCCUGCAUCGGAGAGUCGUGAAAGCGUGACCAAUCCCCUUCCCCCCACUGGGUUCACCAGAAAAGUGCCCCUCUCAAAAGUGGCCGGGUGCUGCGGGCGACAGGAGUCCCAUAAGCUAGAAUGGUUCAGAGCCGCAACAGUGUGACCUAAACCUAGACACCAAACACACCUUGUGGGGAUCCCUAACAGCAACAUAGAAGCAACAGGAAUGAGGACAGCAGUGGCGUAACUAUCAGGGGGUCCAGGACGUGCGGAUGCACCCAGGCCCUGGUCAUGCCCUCGAGUGUGCGGGCGGGCAACCUGAAGGACCCGGAGGUGGCUGAGCUCUUCUACAGAGAUGACCCCGAGAAGCUGUUUGCCGACCUCAGAGAGAUUGGCCAUGGCAGCUUCGGGGCCGUCUACUUCGCCCGAGAUGUGCGCAACAAUGAGGUGGUGGCCAUCAAGAAGAUGUCCUACACUGGCAAGCAGUCCAAUGAGAAAUGGCAGGACAUCAUCAAGGAGGUAAAAUUCCUCCAGAAGCUCCGCCAUCCCAACACCAUCGAAUACAAAGGAUGCUACCUUAGAGAGCACACAGCAUGGCUUGUGAUGGAGUACUGUUUAGGCUCAGCCUCAGAUCUUUUAGAAGUUCACAAGAAGCCACUACAGGAGGUGGAAAUAGCUGCUAUUACCCAUGGUGCACUGCAGGGCUUAGCCUAUCUUCACUCCCACAACAUGAUCCACAGGGAUGUGAAGGCAGGGAACAUUCUCCUGACAGAGCCUGGACAGGUGAAGCUGGGGGACUUUGGCUCCGCCUCAAUUGUUGCUCCUGCGAACUCAUUUGUGGGAACUCCUUACUGGAUGGCUCCAGAGGUGAUCCUGGCGAUGGACGAGGGUCAGUACGAUGGCAAGGUGGAUGUUUGGUCACUGGGCAUCACCUGUAUUGAGCUGGCGGAAAAAAAGCCUCCUCUGUUCAACAUGAAUGCAAUGAGUGCCUUAUACCACAUCGCCCAGAACGAAAGCCCCAUCCUGGCAUCCAAUCACUGGUCCGAUUAUUUCCGGAACUUUGUGGACUCCUGUCUACAGAAGAUUCCCCAAGACAGGCCUAUCUCUGAUGUGUUGCUCAAUCACCGAUUCUUGUGUCGUGAACGUCCCCUAACGGCUGUGAUGGACCUGAUUGCAAGGACUAAGGAUGCGGUCCGAGAGCUAGACAACCUGCAGUACAGGAAGAUGAAGAAGAUCCUUUUCCACGAAGCCCACAAUGGCCCCACGCCGGAGGGCGGAGAGGAGGAGGAGGAGGUAGAGCAGUAUCUUCUGCGCACGGGGACGGUGGGCAGUCUAGAGAGCUCCCAGUCGGUGCCCUCCAUGUCCAUCUCAGCCAGCUCCCAGAGCAGCUCUGUCAAUAGCUUGGCUGACGGCUCAGACGACAGCAACGAGAUGGCCAUGAUGACGGAGGGCGAGCACACUGUCACCUCCAACUCCUCCAUCAUUCACCGGCCUAUUGGUCAGGACAAUAUCUACGAUGACCCGUACCAGCCAGAGAUGGAUCAGCCACUCCAGCCCUCAUCAGCGGCCCGCCGCAGGGCCCACUACCGUAACCGGGACCACUUCGCCACCAUCCGCACCGCCUCCCUGGUGACACGUCAGAUCCAGGAGCAUGAGCAAGGCUCUGCGUUGAGGGAACAAAUGUCAGGCUACAAGCGGAUGAGACGGCAGCACCAGAAGCAGCUGAUGGGCUUGGAGAACAAGCUGAAGGCAGAGAUGGAUGAGCACCAGCUCAGGCUGGACAAGGAGCUGGAGAACCAGAGGAACAGCUUUGGGGCAGAAGCCGACAAGUUGGGCAAGAAGCACCAGGCCAUCCUGGAGAAGGAGACCAAGGCGGCCCUAGCGGAGGAGAAGAAGUUCCAGCAGCAUAUCCUGGGCCAGCAGAAGAAAGAGCUGACCAGUCUCCUGGAAUCCCAGAAACGCCAGUACCGCCAGCGCAAGGAUCAGCUCAAAGAGGAACUGAAUGAGAACCAGUCGACUCCUAAGCGGGAGAAGCAGGAGUGGCUGGUGCGCCAGAAGGAGUGUCUCCAGCAACUCCAGGCGGAGGAGGAGGCGGGGCUUCUUAGGAGACAGCGACAGUACUAUGAGCUCCAGUGUCGCCAGUAUAAGAGGAAGAUGCUGCUGGCACGGCACAACCUGGAGCAGGACCUGCUCAGAGAGGACCUAAACAAGAAGCAGACCCAGAAGGACCUGGAGUGUGCCAUGCUCCUCCGGCACCACGAGUCCACCCAGGAGCUGGAGUUCCGGCAGCUGGGCGCUGUGCAGCGCACGCGGGCUGACCUGAUCCGCACACAGCACCAAACGGAACUCACCAACCAAAUGGAGUACAACAAGCGGCGCGAGCAGGAGCUCCGUCAGAAGCACACAGUGGAGGUUCGCCAGCAGCCCAAGAGCCUCAAGUCCAAAGAGCUACAAAUCAAGCGUCAGUUCCAGGACACGUGCAAGAUCCAGACCCGUCAGUACAAAGCCCUGCGCAACCACCUGCUGGAGAGCACGCCCAAGGCCGACCACAAGGCAGUGCUCAAGAGACUGAAGGAAGAGCAGACGCGGAAGCUGGCCAUCCUGGCCGAGCAGUAUGACCACUCUAUCAACGACAUGCUGUCCACACAGGCUGUGAGUAAGCUGCGAUUGGACGAGACCCAGGAGGCGGAGUACCAGGUGCUGCGCAUGCAGUUGCAGCAGGAGUUGGAGCUGCUUAAUGCCUACCAGAGCAAGAUCAAGAUUCACACCGACUCACAACACGAGAGGGAGGCCAAGGACCUGGAGCAGAGGGUGUCCAUUCGCCGGGCCCUGCUGGAACAAAGGAUUGAGGAAGAGAUGCUGUCACUGCAGAAUGAGCGUUCGGAGCGUAUCCGCACACUGCUGGAGCGCCAGGCCCGAGAGAUUGAGGCCUUUGACACAGAGAGCAUGCGCCUGGGUUUCAGCAAUAUGGCCCUGACAGGCAUCCCAGCCGAGGCAUUCAACCAGGGCUACCCCAACCCCAGCCCUUCCCCCGGCCCUGGAGGUUGGCCCUCCCGCCCUGUCCCUCGCUCCGGAAGCCAUUGGAGCCACGGCGUGCAGAACUCUGUGGCGACCCCCUCUUGGCGUAGCCAGAACAGCAGCGGGUUCGGCCGUGCCGAGUCUGUCUCAUCGUCACAUGGCCUGGGGAGAGACAGUGAAAUUAACAUGAGCGGCCGGGGCCACUCUUCCAAUUCGUCUUCCUCAUCUUCCCACCACCAUCAUCAUCACCAGCAGCAGCUGCCGCAGCAACAAAAGUACCUCCCGCAGCAGUAUCACAGCCACCACCAGAGCACACCACACCUGUACCGAGAGAGCCGGGAGCGGGAGGACCGUGAGAGGGAGAGAGAGUGGGGAGGUGGUGGAGGACACCACCACCACCAGCACCAUCACCACGGCAGCGGCGCUCAUCACCAGCACCUCUCCUCUCACGCGUCAGCCCAGUCAUUGGCCCUCCUGCCGCCGCCUCCUCCCCCUCCGCCCAUCUCCCUCUACUCGUCCUCGCCACCCUCCUCCUCCUCCUCCUCAUCCUCCCAAGGAGGGGGCUAUGGCGGCCUGGUGGCCCGUGGCCCAAGUCUGAUGGCUCUGAGAAACAGCCCCCAGCCGCUGAGGAGGACAGCCUCGGGGGGGCCCGGUGGGCCAGGGGGAGGCGAAGGGGGUUUGAGCCGGAGCACGUCAGUCACCUCACACAUCUCCAACGGCUCACACCUCUCCUAUUCCUAAAGGAGGAACUUCAGCAUCAGGCUCUGCCCCUCAUGGCUUUGAGGGGCAGGGGCCAAGAGAACAAACCAACUCCGCCCCCUUCAGAGGCUUGUUAUAGAAUUAAAACCUUGAUUAGGAUGUUGUUUGAAAAUUGCCACAACUUAUGCAGAUAUGGGGAACGGGGGUGAAUGUCCCUGCCGUUUCUAUAAACGGUGGUGGUGGAGCAGGAACUGCUUUACCACUCUAAAUGGUGGAGCCAAAGCAGGUGCACGCUUCCUAUCGGUCAGGGGGAUCUUUUUUAUUUGGGAUGAGCUCAUCUCUCUCGUAUCUUCAGGGGUUUACGUAUGGGAGGGGGCUGGUUUUUUAUCUUUAAGGUCAAAGUUCAGAUCGGGCCAGCCACCAUUAGGGGUAAGUAGAGAAGACGCACUGCUUAGAGCAGACAGACGAUGUAGAGUAUUAUGUCAUUACAAAUGGAAGCAUACUGGUGGGAGAAAAUGUUUUUAAAGGAUAGUUUUAACUGUUAGUGGUAGGUUUCUCUGCUGACAUCACACACAUCAACAGAAAUCAAUCAAUGAAUGGAUGUAGAGAUGAAACUUAACUCUAAAGGGGGUGCUUAAAGAUGGUUAUGAUUAUGUACAUAAUGUGGAAACUUAAGACGAGGAAUUAUAGUUACAUGCAACGGGUCUAUCUCCAUUUACAGCAAAGCCGGAGAUGGGGAACCUAUUUCUUUAAGAACCAUAUUUCUUUUUUGGGGGGGUUAGUAGGAUUCUCAAGUAUAUUUGAAAUGUAACACUGCCAUCCAGUGGCUCGACUGACCCAAGACAACUCUGCCACUGCCCUUUAAACUCUCUUAAAGGGAUGCUGCCAUGGAGUUAUUUUGAGUGAGCCGAUACAAUUUCCCUGCGGACAUUCUGGAAAGUAGAUGCGUGUACAGCGCUGAAUGCUUGUUUAGUGUUUUCCCCUUUGACUCUUGACCCAAUUCCGGGCGCAGCAGCCUUAUAGGUGUGCAGUCCCGUGUGUGUAGAUAUGGUGUACAUGUGCAUAAAACAGUUAUUUCAGUUGCAAUGCAUGAAAGUAAUGUACAGAAAGCAUUUGUAUUCAUACACGCACACUCCUUUGUUUAUAGAAAUACAUAGAAUAUAAUACCUGUCAGGCAUUUGACAGUAAUAUUGAAGAUUGUUCACUGUCCAACACUUUUGUCCUACAUUGUACUUAGUGUACAUAAAAGCACUAACUCCAAAACGCUGAUAGAGUAAUAACGAUAAUAAUUUGGACAUGGGAAUUGUUAAAGAAUUUGGAAAUAGUUUUGAGGGAAAAUAUUGUUGUCUUUUUUAUUUCUACUACUAUAGCAGUUGUAAUAUUUAUGUUAUGCACACUAAUAUUUUUAUUUUAUACGUUUUAUUUUUUCUUUUAAUUGCCAAUGUUUGACCACUAGGUGGAAAGUAAGAGCAACAUGUUACUGUGAUGGAGCGCUAUAAAAGACAAAAAAAAUAUUUUAUUUUUAAUAGGAGACAAAAAAAGACUCUUUCCACUAGCAUUCCCUAUAUGGUCUCAGGGUCCGAGUCUGCUGGGCAGUGCAUUGCCACUAACGUUUGUAAUGUUGUAGAGCCAGUGUUAAAUGUGGACGGGACCGUUCACAUUUUUAACUGUAUGUAUAAAUAUAUGGAAUUAUAGACAGUGUCUCCUAAAGCCUCUGUAAUCCAGCACGUUUUUGUGCCAUGUAGUACCUCACGACUCUUGUGGUUUGUGUCGACACAAACCAAUCAAGCUAUUUGAUUGUACAUUACUACUACUACUACUACUACUCCUACUACUACUACUACUACUACUACUACUACUACUACUCAACUUAUCCUCUACAGGUCUAGAGCUACACCCCACCAGACAUUUGCCAAACCGAUCAGUUGAUAUCAUUUGAAGAAAAAAGUAGUAUAUACAGCGAAGAAUGAUCAGUAGUUUUAUUAAAGUCUGUUUGAAUAAUACAAUGUAUUUUCUUCCCCCUUCCUUGAUAUUUCUGUAUUGAUAAGACUUUUUUUUUUUUUUUUUUAAGUAUUCCAAGUGGGUCCUAGAUCUUGUAAGAGACAAUUGUCUACUUUUGGCUACAAAAGCACACUGCCUGCUAUAAAAAGCACCAACAUGACAAUAAAAUGGUGGGGUGGUAAACAUUGGUUUCAAGGGUGCAUUAUUAAUAACCCCAAGUUACCUCAAGACACUACCAGGGUUGUUUACUUCAGUUUACACUAUGGAACAAGCUGGAUUCGUUUGCAGAGGAUCACAUUUUUUUGGGCGGGGUUGGGACGCAUGGUUAAAGUUGAUGGGACAGAGAAAGUGGGUUGUUGCAGCUUACAUGUCUUGGUGAACGUUAAUUCUGUCAAACAAAAUGUUUUAUAUGCUUAAUCUGAAGCCAACAGAACCUAAAAGAGAGGGACCUACCUGAAGUAGGUCCUAUCAGUGGCCAUGGAACGGUUCAAAGUCCAUCUUCAUGAAUGCAUUGUUUGAAGAUGUUGUUAGAGAAUCAGGAAGAAAAUGAUAGAGGAACAAUUGACCAUUAAACACAUUGAGUUUCUGUUAAGUUUCACAACAUUUUGUUUGACAAAUAGUCCUCAUACGUAUGUUUAGUCAGAGGGGUGGGUUUCAUUAGUUAAAAGUAGUUCCUCCAAAUCCUUCACUGACGUAAAAAAUGCAGCACAGGUAAAAAAUAACGUUUUGGGUGGAUGCAGUUAGACAUUCACUUCAAACAGAUGAGGGAACUCCUAAGACUAUUGAGAUACACCUGGGAUGGUUGGUGUAGGGCAACAAGGAUUAUGAAUGAGAGAAUGCGUGUGUUUGUAUGCAUGUGUGCAUCUAAUUGAAAGAGGAGGGAUGGAUUACUUAUGUACAUUUGAGAGGCCAAGUUAUGUUCAGGUUAAAUGCAGAGUGGAGGAGUGUUACAGAAUUUGUUGUACAGAAACAAUGAUUUUGAAAAAAUAAAAAA